AUUGAAAAUGGCGACCCGUUUCCCAGAAGAUGGAUCUGAAAGCAAAAGUGUAAGGAAUGAAGACACAAAAGGUCAAUUUAAGGAAAAUAUAUCAAAACCCAGCUUAACUGGAUCGCUGGUACAAGAUCCAACUAAAUUGAACGUUACCCUUGCAACAGAUGCAGAGGGUUGGGACAAGUCUGUCAAUGAACAAUUUCUUCUUGAACUUGCUCAGAAUCCUCAAGUAAGAGUCACUGGGUUUGUACCUAAGCACACCCCAAAGCAGAAAGACCAUGCCAGGGACUUAAACAUUGAGCUGGUUGAUGCCAAAGAAAUCACAGGUUUUCCAGCAGUUGAGCUUCUAGCUUAUCCACCUGACGAUCUUGACAUUGAUAUUCUCAUCAUACACUCCUAUGGGCGUGACCUGGGGCGACAAGCACAGAUCAUAAAAGACAAGAAAAAUUGCCAGUGGGUUAAUGUUGUCCAUACUGUCAGUGAAGAUCUAGAGAAAUUUUCUGUUAAGAAAUCUGCAGACUCAGCUGCAAAUGAUCAAUUAACUGAACACGACCUCCAGACAAGAUUGUGCGAGAAAUCUGACCUUAUCAUUGCAAUUGGCCCAAAAGUUACAGAAGCUUACAGAGCUGCUCUGAAGUACAGUGGUAAAGACCAGAGUGUGAUUGGUUUGACUCCUGGAAUUAUUGAAGAAUUCCGCCUUGGUGUGCGCCGGGAAACUAAAGGCUCAGGUGAAAUUUUCCGUGUGCUGCUUAGUGCCUCAUCCAAGUAUUUCUUGGUCAAAGGAUGUGAUAUUGCCACUAAAGCUAUCAAUCUGUUAAAAGAUUCAUCCUACCAUCUUAUAUUUGUCAGACAGCCAAAGGAUAAUGAAGACCAGCUGAAGAAAGCCUUUCUUGAUUUAGGAAUCAAUCAGCAUCAACUCACCUUUAGAAGUUCUGGGAGCAAAGACUUCUGGCCAAGGUUGCUUUGUGAAGUGGAUCUGGUCAUCAAACCAUCAAGAACAGAGGGUUUUGGCAUAAGUGGUCUACGUGCCAUUUCAGCAGACCUCCCUGUUCUUGUGAGCGGAAACUGUGGUCUUGGCAUGGUGUUGAAGUCAUUACCCUCUGGUGCACAGCAUGUAAUUGAUUCUGAAGACCCUCAGGCCUGGGCUGAUGCGAUAAAGAAAGUCAGGGCAAAGGCAGUGCAAGUUCGAAAAGCAGAAUCAGAACAACUAAGGAAUGAUUACAUGCAGCAAUUCAACUGGAAGAUGCAAUGCAAUGAAAUUGUCAAGAAAAUGUUUUCAAUGAAUCCACACAAAUCUGAAUACAGAAAGAAAGCUGUUGAGUGGCAGUUUGAUGUUGCUGAUACCACAAGAGAUCUGCAGUCACUGCAAGUGAAUCGCGAUGAUGUGGAUGGAGGUCUGUAUUAUCAGUAUGAGACUGAGAAGAUGAGUAUUCAGGAGACAAGCCAGUUCCCUAGUACAUACAAACGUGGAGACAUAUCACGUAGAAACAUGGGAGUCAGUAAUCUACCCCUUAAAGAAUACAGAAAAGUUUGCCUAAUGCUCAACACCAAGCGAGAUCUGAAAUUUGAUGACUUCAGGAUGCUUGCUGAGAAAGUUGGAUUCAGCAGGGAUGAGAUACGGAUGAUUGAACAGGGUGAAAAUCCUACUGACAUGGUUCUGCAGACCUGGUCAUCAAAGAGAGAGGCUACUGUUGGAAACUUAAUUGACCUGUUGACAGGUGAGGACCUGGAGAGAAUGGAUGUGGCAAAGGUGCUUGAAGACUGGGUAAAUGACGGCUCCUCCCCAAGUCAGAUUUGA